GAUUGUAAGGCUUUGUACUAUUUAUUAUUUUUUUAAUUAAAAACUUUUUUUUUUAAAUUGAGAAGUUUUUCAUUAUUUUUUGUUGUUGUUAUUUUUCGCAUUUGAAUUUGUUGACAAGAGGACUAGGGACUGACGCUUCCCUCAGCCUCACCUCCGUCGUCAUCAUGAUGUCGAUGAACAGCAAGCAGCCGUUCAGCAUGCACCCCAUCCUGCAUGAACCCAAGUACACGCCGCUGCACUCCAGCUCCGAGGCCAUCCGUCGGGCCUGCCUGCCCACGCCAUCGCUCCAGGGCAAUAUCUUCGCCGGCUUCGACGAGACGCUCCUGCAGCGGGCCGAGGCCCUGGCCGCCGUGGACAUCGUGGCCCAGAAGAGCCACCCGUUCAAGCCGGACGCCACGUAUCACACCAUGACCACCAUGACCAGCAUGACGUGCACGCCCACGUCGUCGUCGGCUCACCUGCACCACCCGUCGGUAUUGAGCUCGCACCACCACCCGGCGCAUCACCAUCAGCCGGCGCAGGGCUUGGAGGGCGACCUGCUGGAGCACCUGACGCCCGGCAUCUCCCUGGGCGGCAUGGCCGGCUCGGACGUGUGCUCCACGGCUUCGCACAUGAGCGCCAUCAACCACAUGCAGCACCACCACCACCAUCACCACCACCACGCGCAGUCCAUGAACAUGCACGCGCACGGCUUGGCCUCGCACGGGUCCCUCGGAGGCGCCGCGGGAGUGGUGGGAGGCGGCGGCGGAGGAGGCCCGGCGGGAGGCGACGCGGAGCCCGACCCCCGGGAGCUGGAGUCGUUCGCUGAACGCUUCAAACAGCGGCGCAUCAAACUCGGCGUGACGCAGGCGGACGUGGGCGCGGCGCUGGCCAACCUCAAGAUCCCAGGCGUGGGCUGCCUGAGCCAGAGCACCAUCUGCCGGUUCGAAUCCCUGACGCUGUCGCAUAACAAUAUGGUGGCGCUCAAACCCAUCCUCGAGGCCUGGCUGGAGGAGGCGGAGAGGGCGCAGCGCGAGAAGAUGGCCAAGCCGGAGAUCUUCAGCGGCGGUGACAAGAAGCGCAAACGCACGUCUAUCGCGGCCCCGGAGAAGCGCUCACUGGAGGCCUACUUCGCAGUGCAGCCGCGGCCCUCGUCGGAGAAGAUUGCCGCUAUCGCCGAGAAGCUGGACCUGAAAAAGAACGUGGUGCGAGUUUGGUUCUGCAACCAGAGGCAGAAACAGAAGCGCAUGAAGUUUUCGGCCACGCACUAAGAAAAGACCCCAAAAUGCCCGUUUUCUUUUCCAUUUUUGAGGGACAAAUCAUGGACCGGCUGCUACGUUCGUGCCUCUGGAACUGCGAGUUUGACGAGACAUUUCAUCACCAAAAUCGUGAACAGUGGUGCGAAGUAACGAAAUACUUCGUUACUGUACUUGAGUAGAUUCUUCAGGUAUCUGUUCUUAGUUUUUUCCUGACCACUUUUACUCCCUGUAUUAAAAGCAAAACAAAAAACAUACAAAAAAAAAAUAAACUUCGCAUUUUAGGGAGAGGACCAAUCACCGCCUGGAGGCUGCUAUGUUUGUGCCAGAACGAAACAUUUCACCACUUCUAACAUUUUGGGAUGUAACAAAUACAAACAUUUAGUUACUGUACUUAAGUAGACUUUCAGACGUGCACUUAGCUUACAAAUACUUAUUUUUGACUACUUUUUAAACUCUUAACAAAGAGACGAAGCUCAAAAUGAACAGAGAAACAAAAUAUUCUCCAAUAAUGUCCUUAUUUGAGAGAUAUUUUCAAAGUUGUCGACCUAAAGAUUUCUGGAAAAACACACAUUCCCCAGUCUUAUGAAAUUAAUAAGGUGAAGGAAUAAAUUUAUUUUUUUGAGUAAACAUGUCAGAAUCUGCGCUUUAUUUUUUCUUAAAUAUUGCCUUUUUUUUUUUUUUUUUUUUAAAUUAAAACAUGUAUCUGCACUUCUACUUAAGUACAGUGAGUAUAUUUAUUGUACACACGCACACAUACACACACACACACACACACACACA